AUGGCCAGUCUACCGGGCGUCAAUGCACGAUUAGAAUUCUGCCAGGAAAGAGAUGGAAAGAAAAAACAAGCAGAGUUGCAUUCAAGCCAUUCAGGAAAUCUCUGGAUGGAAGCUAGCACAGAGGAUAUCAAUCCAAACAUCCACGAUUGUGAAUAUAUGUCGAGCUACACUGGAGCAGAAGGAGUUCUUGCAAUGGUUGGAGCACGAGCGUUUCGACUUGGCAUACGCUCACAUGUUCGACAUCUGCACUGUGGGUCUCGUCCACCUUGCCAAAAUACCAAGCUGGAUUUGGCUCAACAGGUACUCUUCGGCUUGUGA